AAAACGUCAAUCAUUCUAAUUUACAUCAAGUAUAUAAUACAAUCCAAAAAUGGCGGGAAAUGCGGGAAAAUUCAUAGACAGGAGUCCUAUAAUAUGUGCGGCUGGUAAGCCUUCCGGAGACCCCACCACCACGAUGACCGUAAAAGAUACUUUGAGAGAAUACAAAGUACUGGAUGCGAUCACAGCACUGGAACACAAUGCCGAUAUAUGGAGAGAAGAACCUUUCAACCCACCACUUGAGCUCCCACCGAUCAGGAACCCUUGUUUCCUCGGCACCAAAACUGAGAUCAAAGAGUGUAUGAACCAACCGGUUAAAAAGAGAUUCCAAGAGUUAAUCGCAGACCUAAAGGAAACCACGUAUGAUUCGUACUGGAACAAAAAGGUGGGAAAACCCCGAGAUCCUACUCAAGGGUUGCCCAAAGGAAUGAUCCCACAUGAAGUUACCAUGGGAACGCCAUCAGUUCGACAAAUUCCGCUUAAAGAUCUGGUAAAUCCCCGAAAGACACCUUAUGAUGUACUAUGGGAUAGUCAGGUUGGCCAUGAAAUGUACCGUAAGACGCACAAUGACUACAACCCCUCGGAACAAGUGAACAGAGGAUAUAAAUCUCCACCUUUUUAUCCAGACAAAUGCUUUGGUAAAAAAACUAGGUACGACGCUAGAGGCAUCUGGGUGAGGUGCUGUUGCGACUGGCACCAAAAGGAGCCAGUUGUACAUGCUAGUAAGAUACAGGCGAAUUAUUUCGAUAGAAACCGAGCGCAACUUGGAAAAUCGCUGGCACCCAAUCAAAACAUUAAAAAUUUCCCAGAAGGUCACCGAUUCGGGAAAGCAAUGGAGAAUGAAACCUUUGGCGUAGAAACUCUGUUAAGAGACCCUGGCAGCGAUGCAUGUCUCUUCAAAAGGGAGUAUUACAGAUGGUUAAUGGCGCUGAACAAGUUUCGGCUGAAAAUAAAAGAGAGAAGAGUCGAGGGUUUCAGCUUCAACGAUUUUUUAAGACGAAUCCAGUACUGGGACAAGGAGAAAACUGGAAUACUCCCUAUAUCAACUUUCUAUGAAGUGUGCGCCUGUCACGAUUUUACAUUCCCUAAAGAGCCCUUGGAAAACUUGAUGUCGUUCUUGCGUAUCAUCCAAAAUGAUAAGAUUGAUUACAGAAGAUUUGUGGACCUUAUCGAUUUGAACUCGUGUGGGCCAGCUAUUCAGCUGAAGCCAUUUAGCGACGUGUCGCCAGAAAAUUUGUAUUUCGUUACAACAUCGCAGGCAGCAAGUUGCGACUAUUUGAUCAUCAAUAAUUCAACCAAACGGGUGGCUGGUAUUCCUUCGGUAAGAUCUGAUCUAUUAAGGCCAAUAGUACCGCAGGGAGGAUGUAGAGCAGAUCUAGAGAACCUUGGAGAGGACACUACGGCAAAGGCCGUACUCAAUCCUAGCAUUUACACACGCUACGGCCUGAAUUACAGAGACUUCUAUAUACCAAGACCACCUGACGUCAUCAGAAAACUUUUCGCGAAGCUCGGCUACAAUUUGAACGAUGAGUUGUUCAAAGAGUUGUGGAAAGAAGGUUUGGUGUUGGAUAAAACUCCAGGAGAAGUAUGCGUUGAAACGUUCAAACAGUUGCUGAGGACACGUUUUCCACACCCGAAAAUCACCAUAGACGAAGCAGAGUGUGAACAGUUGCCUUAAAGUGAUAUAAAAUGAAUAAAAACCUUUAUCUUUAUAUACAAACAAGCUAUUCCGUCUUUACCCUGUGGGUACAAAAGAAUCCAAAAAUUAAACGGAAUCUCCAAAAGUAGAGUACUACCUA